CUCUCUCUCUCUCCGUGUUUCGAGUCGAUUCUCUCCUCCAGAACUGCAAAGCUAAGGUCUCUUCUCCUACCUUCUGUCUCCGGUCAGUCGCGAUUGAUGGCGUGCGUGUACAUACCAGUGCAGAACUCGGAAGAGGAGGUUAGGGUUUCUCUCGACCAGCUGCCCAGGGACGCCUCAGACAUCCUCGACAUCCUCAAGGCCGAGCAGGCCCCACUCGAUCUAUGGCUCAUCAUCGCUAGAGAAUACUUCAAACAAGGAAAAGUAGAACAGUUCCGGCAAAUUUUGGAAGAAGGGUCAAGUCCUGAAAUUGAUGAAUAUUAUGCUGAUGUUAAAUAUGAAAGGAUAGCAAUCCUAAAUGCUUUGGGAGCCUAUUAUAGUUAUCUUGGAAAAAUUGAGACAAAGCAGAGGGAGAAGGAUGACCAUUUUAUUUUAGCAACACAGUAUUACAAUAAAGCAUCAAGGAUUAACAUGCAUGAGCCUUCUACAUGGGUUGGGAAAGGCCAGCUUUUACUGGCUAAGGGUGAAUUAGAACAAGCAUCUUCUUUAUUUAAGAUUGUAUUGGAUGAAGAUCGUGAUAAUGUCCCUGCUCUUCUUGGUCAGGCUUGUGUUCAGUUUAACCGCAGACGCUAUUCGGAUUCUUUGGAGCUAUAUAAGAGGGUCUUGAAAGUGUUUCCUAAUUGUCCUGGAGCUGUGAGGCUUGGUAUUGGCCUUUGCCGAUACAAAUUGGGUCAAUUUGAUAAAGCCCGACGUGCUUUUCAGCGUGUUCUGCAGGCACAGCCAGAAAAUGUGGAAGCUCUCGUGGCACUUGCGAUCAUUGAUUUGCAAACAGAUGAGGCUGAUGGAAUUCAAAAAGGAAUGGAGAAAAUGCAACUAGCUUUUGAGAUAUACCCCUAUUGUGUGAUGGCAUUAAAUUAUUUAGCGAAUCAUUUUUUCUUCACUGGCCAGCAUUUUCUUGUAGAGCAAUUAACUGAUACUGCUCUGGCUGUAAGUGAUCAUGGUCUGAUGAAGUCACAUUCUUUCUACAAUUUGGCGAGAUCUUACCAUAGCAAGGGCGAUUAUGAAAAGGCUGUAAGAUACUACAUGGCAUCUGUUAAGGAAAGCAACAGGCCCCAAGAUUUUGUAUUGCCUUACUAUGGGCUGGGACAAGUCCAAUUGAAGUUGGGAGAUUUUAGAAGUUCUCUUUCAAACUUUGAAAAAGUUUUGGAGGUUUACCCUGAAAACUGUGAAAGUUUGAAGGCUGUUGGGCACAUUUACGUGCAGCUUGGCCAGACUGAGAAGGCCUUGGAAACCCUCCGGAAAGCUACUAGAAUUGACCCACGUGAUUCACAGGCGUUUCUAGAGCUGGGUGAAUUGCUAAUAUCAUCGGAUGCAGGAGCUGCACUAGAUGCCUUCAAAACUGCACGCGGUCUUCUCAAAAGGGGAGGUGAAGAAGUACCAAUAGAACUGCUCAACAAUAUUGGAGUUCUUCACUUCGAGAGGGGAGACUUUGAGUUGGCAGAACAGACUUUUAAGGAGGCAUUGGGCGAUGGCAUUUGGCUUUAUAUUCUGGAUGGGAGAAUACGCAACUCUAGUGUGGACUCUGUUGCCUCUGUUGUUCAAUACAAGGACAUGAGUUUAUUCCAUCAACUUGAAGAAGAUGGUGUUUCUUUGGAACUGCCUUGGGAUAAAGUGACAACACUAUUUAAUUAUGCCAGAUUGCUCGAGCAAUCGCAUGAAACUGAAAAAGCUAGCAUUUUUUACCGGCUGAUCUUAUUUAAGUACCCAGAGUACUCAGAUGCUUAUUUGAGGCUUGCUGCCAUUGCAAAAGCUCGUAACAAUAUUCAACUUAGCAUCGAAUUGAUAGGGGAAGCUCUGAAGAUAAAUGACAAGUGUCCGGAUGCUCUAUCUAUGCUCGGUAGUUUGGAGCUUAAGAGCGAUGACUGGGUAAAGGCAAAAGAUACCUUGCGGGCUGCUAGGGAAGCAACUGACGGAAAAGAUUCAUAUGCUACUCUAUCUUUGGGUAACUGGAACUACUUUGCAGCUGUUCGUUCAGAGAAAAGAGGCCCAAAGUUGGAAGCAACCCAUCUUGAGAAAGCUAAAGAGCUCUACACCAAAGUUUUGGUACAACAUCCCUCUAAUCUGUAUGCUGCGAAUGGUGCCGGGGUUGUCUUGGCAGAGAAGGGUCACUUCGACGUUUCAAAGGAUAUCUUUACACAGGUUCAAGAAGGUGCCAGUGGAAGCAUCUUUGUUCAGAUGCCUGAUGUAUGGAUAAAUCUGGCACAUGUCUACUUUGCUCAAGGCCAUUUUUCCUUGGCUGUGAAAAUGUACCAAAAUUGCUUGCGGAAAUUCUAUUAUAACACAGACACCCAAGUUCUUCUCUAUCUAGCUCGGACUCAUUAUGAGGCCGAACAAUGGCAAGACUGCAAGAAGACUUUACUAAGAGCCAUCCACUUGGCACCCUCAAAUUAUACGCUGCGGUUCGAUGCAGGUGUUGCCAUGCAAAAGUUCUCAGCAUCAACGCUGCAGAAGGCAAAGAGAACUGCUGACGAGGUACGUUCCACAGUCGCAGAGUUGAAGAAUGCCGUCCGUGUAUUUAGCCAGUUGUCUGCUGCAUCCAGCUACCAUUUCCAUGGCUUUGACGAGAAGAAAAUAGAGACCCAUGUCGGAUACUGCAAGCACUUGCUUGAUGCUGCUAAAGUUCACUGCGAGGCAGCCGAGCGCGAAGAACAGCAGAACCGCCAGAGACUGGAAGUCGCUCGUCAGGUCACCUUGGCUGAGGAAGCCCGGCGCAAAGCUGAAGAACAGAGGAAGUUUCAGUUGGAGAGAAGAAAGCAAGAGGAUGAGCUAAAGCAAGUGAGGCAACAGGAGGAGCAUUUCGAGCGUGUGAAGGAACUAUGGAAGAGCAAUUUCUCCGCAAGUGCGGGCAAGCGGAAAGACAGGUCGACAGAUGUCGACGAGGGUGGGCAGACUGAGAAGAAGAGAAAGAAAGGUGGGAAGAGGAGAAAGAGCGAUAAGGGUUCCAAGGCCCGCUACGAAAUGGAAGAAGCCGAUGCUAACAUGUCGGAUGAACAUGAAGAAAUGGAAGAGGAGGAUGUGAAUGUCAUGAACGAACGGGAGGUAGAUGGGGCGGAGAAUGCACAAGAUCUUCUUGCAGCUGCUGGCCUCGAAGAUUCUGAUGCUGAAGAUGACACGGCACCUUCAUCCGCCAUGAACAGGCGGAGGGGGGCAUGGUCAGAAUCUGACGAUGAUGACGAGCCAUCAGGGAGGCCACGGGAGUCGAGUCCUGCAGCUGCCCAUAGAGAGAAUUCCACCGAGUUGCAGGAAAGUGACGGAGAAAUCAGAGACGACGAGAGCGACAAACCAAACAGAGAUGCUGUUGAUGACGAAGAGGACUAUUGAAUGGCGGGUCCCACACGAGCCCUGUAAAGCAAGAGACCGAAUUCAAAGAUCUCCCAUCUUAUUUGGGUUUUUUGAUACUGGAAAUUUCCAAUUGGCGGAUGGGGUUAUAUAAAAGUAUCCCCCAGCCUUUGCAGAGAACUGACCGUUGGAUCUUUGUAAUUUGAUGGUAGGCAGCAAAUUUUUUUUUUUUUUUUUUAAUUUUUAAUUUUAAUAAUAAUACUAUUAAUUUGUAAUUUGACAAUAUGCAGGACAAUUUAUAUGACAGAAAUGCCCUUUUCAAUCUCGUUA